UGUUGUAAUAUAUUUUGUUGUUGUUAAUCAUUCAUUGUUGUAGCGGCAUAAUAUAAUCCUGGCGUAAUUUCUUGUUAUGGUGCCGAGUUGACAGUCCUUGGCCGGAUAAGGAUCCAGGUCCUUCCCGAUCAUUUAGACCCGACUGUCGUGGGAACAGGUGUAAGCAUAAAUGAAAUUUUUAAACAAUUACCGAAAUUAUUGCCGUUGAUUUGGAGAGAAAAGAAAUUAAAUAUAUAAUUUUUUAAAAUAUAUUGUGCGUUUUUUUUUUGUUUUACAAGGACGUUUCAAUAUGCAAAGACUAACAUUUCAAAAUUUGUUAAUAUUAUAUUAUUUUAUCAUAUUAACAUAUAUAUUUUUGAUAUAAAAUUAAAAAAGGAAUUUAUGUUAUGCACACCUUAAUAUACUCUACCAGGUCUUUCUACUAUUCAUAUAUAGAUGGCGCUGUAAACAGCCACUGUCCACAAAUGUCAAAUAAAUUUUCAUUAAUUACAAAGCGCCGGCGCGAUUAGUGCAAAUAUCUGUUAAACAUUUAAUUUGUUUAAAAAUUCAUAUGGUUUAAUUUCGUAUAUAAUGAGUAUUUUUCAAGGGACAGAAAGCAUACAGGUCAACACAAGUCUGGAUCGAGCUGCAGAGGAGGAGGCGUUAGCAGAUCAAAGACGCCGCGAAGAAGAGUUGGGAAAUUUAUUGCAAAAUGCUUUUGAUGAUUUGGAGGAAGAUGAAACUACAGUCGACUCAACUACAAACUUUCAUUCACAUCUGAACGAUGAACCUCCAACGCACCCAAAACAAGGGCAUCCACAGCUGCAAAACAAUAAUAUUCAUGCACUACAUCUGCCACCAGCUACAUUUGAUGCAGAGGUGCAUCAAUUAAAAAUGUUACUUGAUUCGCGGACACGCGAGUCGGAACAUUUUAAAAAGUUAGCCAAUGAGGAACAAAAGAAACGCGAUGAGCUACAAAAGCGUUUGUGUAUAGCUGAAGCCGAGUUGGAUCGCGCAUUGGCGAGUAAAAAAAGUACACAUGAAUUGCUGGUGGAAUGCAAAGAAAAGUGUUCAAAUUUAGAAAAUAAUAUUAGUAAAUUGCGUAGUGAGAAGAAAUCACUUGAAAGUGAACAUAACAUAGUGCUGGGCAAAUUGGAAACCACACAAAUGCUUUUGAGUGAUGUGCAGCAAAAAUAUGAUAUGGUGGAGCGAGAUUUGGGCAAAAAUAGUCAACGCAAUGCCGAAUUGCAAAGGAAACAAAUGGAAGAACGACAUAGAGCCGAAAUGGACGUUAUGCAGCAGCAAAUGGAGCAAUUAGUUUGUAAGUUAGAUAAAAAAACGAGCGAAAUGGAAAGUUUACAUGCACGUUAUUUGGCGCUGCAAAGUAGUCAUGAGAAUAUGUUGGUCGAGAAAUCUGGCAAAAUAAACGACUUGAAUCAUGCCUUAGCUGAAGCACAAAGGACAUGUGAAGAAUUUAGAGCACGGCAGGACUAUCAACAGGAAAAUAUGCGUUUGCAAAAAUUUAUAGCCAGUCUUCAGGAACAAAUUAAAACUAUGGAGAAAACAAUAAAUUCGUUAACCGAGCGUUUGGAGCAUACCACAGCCGAGCUAGAUGUGAUGGAUAGUGUGCUGCAUCAACACAAUCAAGAGGAUACACCUGGCCGUCUAAGUCAAACUCAUGGCAAAGUAGUGGGUAGCACGCCGUUAACUACCACAGACCGCUUAGGUAACCUUAAAGAUGAACUCUAUCGUGCACUUUCCAAUAUAAAGGGCAAGCGCGAUGAGAUACGACGUCUACAGCAAAAUCUUGAUGAAAAAAUGGCAGAAAAUCGCACGCUACGUGAGGAAGAAAACAAAGCAUUAGUACAAAUUUCCACACUUAAGGAGACAAAUUUGAGACUUGAGACUCGCCUUAAGCUGCUUGAACAAGAGAACGAAGAGCUAUGCAUCAAAGCCGCAAGCAGGCAUAAUAAUACCAGUCACAACAGUACUAAUAUUGAAACACUACAGCAGCAAACGAAGGCCGAGAAGCAGGCGCUGCUGGAGCAAUGCGCGCGCUUUGAAGCGGAGUGUAAAAGUCAUGAGCAAGAGCGUAAAAAGUUGGAUGUGCAAUUACGUAACGUCGAAGUUGAUUUGGAGGAACUUAAGCAGGAGCAUGAGAGCAUGAAAGUUAACUAUGAGCAAAUAAUGAAAGAGAACCAAAAUCUGCGCAGUCGCACAACAGCGGAUAACAUGCGGCUGGAGUUGGAAAAACACAAAUUCCUGCUAAAAGAUGCGCAAGCCGAAUGUGAUCGUCUAAAGAAUCUCUACAUUGAGAUAUCUAACGCAAAGGAAGCGAUGGCUUAUGAGCUGGAAAAAUUACGUAACACAGAUAACAUUAAAGAGCUGCAAGAACAACGCGAGAAAUCUGCUAACCUGCAGCGAGCGCUACAAUUAGCCGAGGUAAAGUCAUCUGAAUUGACGAAAAUACUUGAGACUGAGAAAAUAUGUCACGAGCGCGAUAUGAAAUCGCUGAAGGAACGUUGGGAGAAAGAGAAGACUACAAACCACAAAGCAAUCAAGGCAGACAGUUCAAAUAACUGUAGCAAAUGCAUAGAUUAUAUGUCUGAAAUAACGAAGUUUGAAAUACAAAACCUUAAGCUAAGCAAUGUUAACUCGAUCAAUAAAAAGGAAAUUGACGAUCUUACGCAACAAUUGCAAGAAUCCAAGAAUUUCAUAGCAGAACUCAACGAAAAACUGAAACUCAGUGAGCAGCAGGAGAAACUCAUACGAGAACUGAAAAAUAAGGCCGCACGUUUCGAGGAGUACAUAAAGAGCCAUAGUAGUGCAUCCGAGCCCGGCAGUGCAACGACGUCGCCGCUGAAACAAAAAUCUAACGACGAAAGUGCCAAUAGCAAACCAGAAUGUAAGCGUCCUCCUGUUGCCGAAAUAAAACAAAUUGAAUCGCGUAUACGUGACGAAAUGGCAAAACUUUUUGCUGGUGAAAUAAAACGCUUCCAAAUUAAGCUUCAUCAAGCCGAAGAGAAAAAUCUAUCUUUGCAACGUGAAUACCAACUUGUGAGCAACGAACUGCAACAACGCACCACCGAGGUGGAGCUGCUGAAACAAGCCAUACUCGCAGAGCGUGAACAUAUGGAGGACAUACUGAAGCAGAAAGACGCUGAAGCGCAUGAGAUGAUUGAAAAGCAAACCGCAAUAUUGCAUAAAUGUCGCGAUGAAUUGUUGGCCAAAAAUCAACGCGUCACACAAUUGUCCAAGGAGUUGGAAGAAAGGCAAGUGCAAAUAGAAGCUGAGCGUCAAUCCAUGAAGGCUGUGAUGGCGCAAUGGGAGGAUCAACGCAAACAUGUGGAUGAUAUUGAAUCGGAGUGGAAGGAUAAGGUGCAGUCGCUGGAACGAGCACACGAAAAAGCUUUAGCGGCUUGGCAAAAGAAGUACAAUUCAGCUAAGCAUACAGCCGCGAAUUAUAAGCGCUAUGCGGAAGACAAAGAAGCGCACAUGUUACGUGAGUACGAACGUCUUAAAACAGAAUAUAAUGCAUCGCUGGCCAAGAUCGAAAUACGCAUGAAAGAGGCACUGGAAAAGAAGAAUCGUGAGAUGAAGGAUGCUACAACCGCAAUUGAGAAAAACCUCGAAUUAGGCUAUGACAAAGAAAAUAGAAAGAAGAAUUAAAUGCGAUCUUAAAUGACAAUAGAUACGAAUAGUCCAUAUCGUAUGUUAAUUAAUUAUUUUUAUUGCUUAUGAAUCAACCAAUUUGUUUGUUUUAGAUUUAGAAAAAUAAUAAUGACUGCAAUUUGUUUAUUUUGCACUUUUAUAAAUGCAGUAAUUAGCAGAGCAUGUAAAUAAUGAGCGACAUAAAUUAAAUUUUGCAAAAACAAAUAUCAUCGACUCGACGUUAAAGGCAAAAUUAAAGUAAAUUAAAUAUACAACAUAAAGUCAUAAAGUGGUAAGUACCAGUUGCUCAAUUAAUUACUAUUUUUUAUUUUUUUUUU